AUCGCUCGAAUAUACAUCUUCAUUGCUUGUUUAAUUAACAGCUUUACCAUUGGCUAUCCACACGACGCCCUUCAGUAUUGGAUAGCGGCCAAGCCUAUACCCGAAAGAGUAGGCGAGACGAUGCAGCUUGUUAGAUAGCCAAGCGCCUGGUCUAUCAGACAGAUCAGGGGAUGCGCCCAUAUCCGUACGCUGAUAAAACACGCUCACUUCAUUGGCAUCCACGCCAUAGACCGCAUUGACUUGGAAGCAUGACUUCUAGAACCGAAUAUGUCAUCGGAGCCGUUACUCAAUGACCAGAACAUAGUAAAAGCGACAACAUGACGACAAUUGACACUCCUCCAGCAGACUAUCCUGCCGAGAUCACCGGUUAUGCUGAACCAUGGAUUGCCUCUCCAGGCGAUACGGUCGCUAUCAAGAUUUCAUGCACUGAGCCCGAGUACAAACAUCGGACAGUGCGAGUGAUACAAGGUGUCGACCUCGAGCACUCUCCGAAGCAAGAGCUCGAGGAGAUCAAGGCAAUUCCCUCAGGCACCGCAAAGGGUAGGUUCCAGCUCGCACGGCCAGGCUCAUAUGCCCGGACCGAAGAAUGGGGAGCAGCAUUGUCGAAGGAUGGUCUGGAGGUGUCUUUAUACUUCCAACCACACCUGCCCCUGGCCAAACACUUGCAAGCAAUCAUCUCCACCCUUGACGUGGAGCAGAAGAGCGGUUUCGCUGUCUUAAUCACCGCCGAGGGAGCUGUUGCGCUAUGGGUCGGCACGGGAAAGGAAGUCAAAGUGAUUGAAACGGGGUUCAAACCAGCCCGCAGACGAUGGGUCAGCUUGAAGCUCACUCUCAAAGAUGACGAUGUCGCUCUCUCACUGCAACCACUCGCCUACAUUGCAGAGAAGGCCGCUGCAGCUGUUAAUAUCCAGGAGAAGCUCAGUGACAAGGUCAAUCUUUCUGCCAGCGACGUCCUCUUAUUUGCGGGCAGCAACGCCGAAUCUCCCACUGCAGCAUUCUCCCGAGUCACCAACUUCUUCAAUGGCCGCAUCGACAAUCCGCAGAUCAAGUCCCUUGGUCCCAAAGGCGAGAUCCUAGUCAAGUAUGAAUUCGCCCGCAACAUUUCCGAGGACACCAUCAUCGAUGCCUCGGGAGCGGGACACAAUGGCAUGCUCGUCAACGCUCCAACCAGAGCGGUCCCCGGUUUUGAUUGGGACGGCAGCGAAGUCGACUGGACCAAAGCCAAAUACGGCUAUGGGGCGAUCCACUUCCACGAAGAUGACCUCGACGACGCAGCUUGGGACACCGACUUCACCAUCACACUACCCGAAGACGCAAGGUCAGGCAUUUACUCAGUCGAAGUGACGUCCACUAACGGCAAGGCCGCCGACAUGGUGACAUUCAUGGUGCGGCCAACGCCAGCGACGACCGCGAAAGUCGGGGCUAAAGUGGCCCUUGUCCUCUCGACAUUCACGUACCUUGCGUAUGCGAAUGAGCAUCUCUGGGACCUGGACCGCCCGUCUUCCGUCGAAGUCGGGCCAGGUUUUGACAUCAACACAACACUCCGCACCGAGGACUUUUACAAGCUCGGGAGACGUUCCGACAUAGGCUUGUCCAACUACGACGUGCACAACGACGACUCCGGUGUAGUCUUCUCGUCGGCGAAGCGACCCAUCCUCAAUCUGCGGCCCAACUACGUGAUGUGGGCAUUCAGUCGGCCACGCGAACUCAGCGCCGAGUCCAUGAUGAUCGGAUACCUCGAGCGCGAGGGAAUCCCCUACGACGUGCUGAACGACCAUGACCUCCACCUGCACGGCGCGAAGGUCCUCGCGCCAUACAACACGGUCAUGACAGGCUGUCAUCCCGAGUAUCCCACGCUCGAAUCGUACAAUGCCUACGAGCACUAUGCCCGUCGCGGCGGCAAUUUGAUGUACCUCGGCGGCAACGGGUUCUACUGGGUGUCAGCACUCGACUCGGCGCGGCCGUGGCGUCUCGAAGUCCGCAGAGGCGAUCAGGGCGUGCGCAGUUACACACUCCCCGGUGGCGAGCGAUUUUUGAGUCUCAACGGCACACAGGGCGGCCUAUGGCGCACGCGUGGCCGCUCGUCGCACGGCCUGUUCGGUGUUGCGUUCAACGGCGAGGGUACCGGUCCGGGUGUGCCGUAUAAGCGCACCGAGGCUGCCUCAGACUCUGCCCUGGCUUGGAUGUUCAAGGAUAUUCCGGCCGGUGAUCUGAUCGGCGAGUUUGGCCUGGGUGGCGGCGCGAGCGGCGACGAGAUUGACAGCUUUGAUUUGGCGAGUGGAAGUCCCGAGAAUGGUAUUGUCGUGGCGACGAGUACAGGGCAUCCAGAUGACUUCGGUGUGGCCCCUGAGAUCGUUGGGUUCCCGAUCUUGAAUACUCUGGGCACGCAGACGAACGAGAUUCGAUCAGAUAUUUUCUACUAUGAGACCAAUGCUGGUGGUGCAGUGUUCAGUGUGGGCAGUAUCAAUUGGUAUUGCUCGCUGGGCUGGGACGAUUAUAAGAACAAUGUGGCCCAGUUGACGGGGAAUGUUAUCAAGGAGUUUUUGAAGAGGGCGGAGAAAUAGGGGUCAUGGCUGACUCUCAUGGUGCCUAAAGGGCCCGCUUAGGGUGCUUGGAGGUAGAGGAAAGCCUGGGGUAAUGUCAUUGUUAUCACUAUAUCAC